GAAAAUGACAACUGACGUUAGAAACAUGAUGUGCAUGACCAGCAAUUUGUAUUGUGUUUCAGUGUGUUUUGGCAAAGUUAUUUGAAAAGUAGUUGAGUAUUUUGAGCUCCCGUAGAAUUGCAAUUGAAUAAUUAGAUACAGGUAAUACAAAUUUGGGAAACGGGUUUUCAAGAACAAACUUUUUCGUAAAGUAGAAAUAGCGGUGAGGGAAAAAUGGAAACUUCCAAAAUCGAAGUAAAAACUAAUGAUGAUAAGAACAAAAAUGAGCUGUCUGAUGAAGAUAAGCUGCUGCAAGAAGAACUCAACUUAUGUGUGGAAAAACUACAGGAAAGUGAUGAAAAACUUUAUUUACCUGCUCUACAUGCCUUGGGUAAUAAUAUUCGAGCAUCUACCACAUCUAUGACGUCCGUUCCUAAACCUCUCAAAUUCAUGAAACCACAUUAUGAAACUAUGAAGCAAGCUUAUGAGAAAGUCACUAACCCAGAAAUAAAAAAUGUUUUUGCUGAUAUUAUUUCUGUAUUGGCCAUGACGAUGGGAGAAGGAAGGGAAUGUCUCAAAUAUAGACUUCUCUCUAAUUUGGGUAAUAUCGGAGAGUGGGGCCACGAAUAUGUUCGUCACUUGGCAGGAGAGAUUGCUGGAGAAUGGGCAGAAACUGAUUUCAUGGUGAACACAGAAAUAAGAGAUAAAUUAAUUUUACUGGCUAAGCAGAUCCUUCCUUAUAACAUGGCUCACAAUGCUGAAGCAGAAGCAUGUGAUUUACUGAUGGAAAUUGAAAGACUUGAUCUACUAGAACAAUACGUGGAUGAAAAUAAUUAUCAAAGAUGCUGUUUGUAUCUCACAAGUUGCAUACCAUAUGUGGCCGAUCCAGAAAAUAAUACGCUUCUUCAGACUGCUCUAUUGCUGUUCCGCAAAUUCAAACAGUAUUCGCAAGCAUUACGUUUAGCUAUGCAGUUGAAUGAUCAUUCUCUGAUAGAAGAAAUAUUCACAACUUGUCCAGAUACGUAAGUGUGACUUAUUGAA